GUUUUCAGACAAGAAAGAAAGGCUGAUGCAUCUUAAAACCAAACAGAGAGAAUUCCAAAAACAUGUUUUGAAGGCCAUGGAAGGGAAAGAGAUAACUGAUCAGCUGAGAUGGAAAAUAAUGUCUUGCAAGAUGAGGAUUGAGCAGCUGAAACAGACCAUUUGCAAAGAAAAUGAUGAAAUGACAAGACACGCAGAGGGACUUCUGAGAAUUAAAGAGGAGAACCAGAGGCAUUAUCGCAGGGCUCAGCGGCAUCAGGAGAAGAAAGAGAAGAUGCAGAGGCAUAACCGCAAGCUGGGAGACUUGGUAGAGAAAAAAACCUACGACUUGAAAACCCAGUAUGAGCAUCUGGCGAAUCUUCGUCGGACGUAUAUCCUGGAGCUAACAUCAGUCAUAUUUCCCAUUGAAGAAGUAAAGACAAACAUGAGAGAUCCUGCAGAUGUGUCGUCUGAGAGUGACAAUGCUAUGACCUCUAGCACUGUGAGCAAGCUCGCGGAAGCCAGGAGAACCACGUAUCUCUCUGGGAGAUGGGUGUGUGAUGAUCAUAACGGGGACACCAGCAUCAGUAUCACAGGGCCUUGGAUAACCCUUCCUAAUAAUGGAGACUAUUCAGCAUAUUACAACUGGGUGGAAGAGAAGAAGACUACGCAAGGACCAGAUAUGGAACAUAAUAACCCUGCUUAUACCAUCAGUGCUGCAUUGUGCUAUGCAACUCAGCUUGUUAACACUUUGUCUCUCAUACUUGACGUAAAUCUUCCCAAGAAGCUCUGCAACAGUGAGUUCUGUGGAGAGAAUCUCAGCAGACGCAGGUUCACGCGGGCAGUGAAGAAGCUGAAUGCUAAUAUCCUUCACCUUUGCUUCUCUCAGCAUGUAAAUCUGUUGCACCCACUGCAUACGCUCAGGAACCUUAUGUACCUGGUCAGCCCAGACACUGAGAACUUGGGCAGGUCUGGGCCUUUCGAAAUCAGUGCUGAUCUCGAAGACUCCAUGGAGUUUGUGGAUCCCAACGCCACCGGCGAAACAGAUGAGAGCGGAGACGAGCACGUCAGCGAUGAAGAGACGGACCUGGGGACAGACUGGGAGAAUCUGCCGAGCCCCAGGUUCUGCGAUAUCCCUUCUCAGCAGGUGGAGAUGCUGCAGAGCCAGAGCACGCAGGUAUCUCAGCCCAUCGCCAGCAGCAGCGCUGGUGGGAUGAUCUCGUCCGCUGCUGCCUCGGUGACCUCGUGGUUGAAGGCGUACACUGGACAUCGCUAA